AACUCCUCUCAACUUAAUUCUUACUAAGAUAAGUAGAGAACUUCUGAUUUAUUGACAUCAAAGGUGACAGAAAUGGACUUUUCAGAGUCUCAAAGGAACAAGUGUGCAGCAUGCUAUAAGCAGUUUAACAAAAAGGAGCAUCUGGUGGAACAUAUGAGGAUUUCGUAUCACUCGGUUCAUGAACCUAUGUGUGGAAUUUGUGGGAAACGUUGUCGAUCAUUUGAAUCUCUCCGUGAACAUCUUAUAGGACCAUUGCCAAAGGCCGAGUGCGAAAGGGUGUUUAGGGACCGUGGAUGUACCUUUUGCUUAAACAUCCUUAGCAGCCCGCACGCUCUCAGGUUUCACCAAGAUAGAUGUCAACUAUCGCGUGGAAAUAAUGGUGUCUUACAUCGAUUUGCUAACUUACGCAUUCAUGAUGGCCUGAGAAUUGAAAAUGAGAAAACAAGAGUAGUUGCUCUUGCCUGCAAAAUGGUUGGGGGCGGUAGUGAUGGUUCUUUAGAUCUUUGUGCAAGGAUUUGCGUCAUUGAUGAAUAUGAAAACAUACUAUUUCAUUCUUAUGUCAAGCCACAGCUUCCUGUUACAAACUACAGGUAUGAGAGCACAGGAAUUCGACCAGAAUACCUCAGGGAUGCAAUGCCAAUAAGACAUGUUCAAAGGAAAAUCCAAGAUUUUUUAUGCAAUGGUGAACCGAUAUGGAAGAUCCGGCCAAGAAGUGGGAAGGCAAGGAUUCUUGUAGGACAUGGUCUAGAUCAUGACAUGAAAUGCUUGGAACUAGAGUAUCCUCUUGCAAAAAUAAGGGAUACAUCAAAAUAUCCACCCUUAAUGAAGACUAGCAAGCUCAGCAACUCUCUCAAGUACCUAACAAAAGCAUAUCUCGGCUACGAUAUUCAAAACGGGAUACAAGAUCCAUACGAUGAUUGUGUUGCAACAAUGAGACUAUACAGAAGAAUGAGAUAUCAAGCUCAUAGAAUAGAGGACUAUCCUCUUGCAACAGACCCCCAAAACAAGAACAAUUUUACUUCAUGGAGACAGGGUGAGCUUGAGAGGAUGAGUCCUGAUGAACUUUUCGCAAUCUCAAGGUCUGAUUACUAUUGCUGGUGCUUAGAUAGCAAAGACGUGGCUUAAAUGCAGGGACAAACAAGAUCUCAUAUUGUAGUUGUUGAAGGAAGACAAUAGCUAAUUGAAUGAAUAAACAUGGAUAUCCAUCCAUCUAUUAGGUAGUAAUAGCUAUUUUAUGUGAAUAAACAUGGAUAUCCAUCCAAUCUAUUAGGUAGUAAGAGGAUAAUUUAUGUGAUAGAAUGGAGCUUUUAUUAAAUUUAUAAUUAGUAUUGAUUUAAAAGUUGUAAGGAUUGAGUUGUAUGGUAUGUAAGUCGAGUACGAAUGAAUAAACGCAUCUUUAUUUGUCAAA